UCCCCUGUUUUUCCCGCCAUAUUUGAAGUUUACAAACGGAAACGACUAAACAGAACCAUUACGGAACAAAAUGAGUAAAUCGAAAGAUUCCAACGCUCCGUCAGCCGUUCUGGAUUAUUUAAACAAACAGAAUCGCCCGUACAGUGCCAUUGAUAUCUGCAACAAUCUGCACAAAGAGUUUGGUAAAACUGCAAUUGUUAAGGCUUGUGAAAGUUUGGCAGCGGAAGGACGAAUCCGGGAGAAAGUGUAUGGCAAACAGAAGGUAUAUGUGGCUGACCAGUCACAGUUUCCUCAGGUGAAUGACAGUGAGAUUCGGACCAUGGAUGAGAAGAUAGCUAAUCUGACUAAGGAACUUCAGUCAGUGACGGAGGAAGUGAAACGCCUAGACUCAGAGAUGAGAAUGUUCAGUAACUGUUUGUCCACAAGUGAAGCAGAGAAAAAGCUGCAAGAAACCACAACACAGUGUGCUCAUUUGAAGAAGAAACUUGAGCAGUUAUCAGAAGGUGGAAAUGUUGUGUCCCCAGAGGAAAAAGAAAGGGCAUAUAAAGACAGAGAAACAUAUGUGAAGGCUUGGAGGAAGAGGAAACGAAUGACCAAUGACAUCUUGAAUGCAAUUUUGGAGGGUUACCCAAAGCCUAAGAAACAACUCUAUGAGGACAUUGGUAUAGAAACAGAUGAAGAGUACAAUGUGAAACCUCCAGAUUUGUGAAACAAUAGGAUUUAUAUGACUGUUAUAUACUUGCUCAUUUGAUUGUAAUAUGUUUCUGGUGUUUUGCAUUUACUUGCAGUGUAAAUGAAUGAAAUCUUUAGAAUAUUCUUUAAAUGCGUCUUGUUAAUGCUCGUUGAAUAAAAAAUACUAAUACCCCA